AUGAAUUAAUAAGGUGUUCUUCUUCUACUUGAUUCUCCUGAGAAUUUAUAAUUUGGAAUUGAUAAUUCUCAAUGGAUAAUUGGAAAGAAAUUCAAAGGAGUUUAAAAUAUCCCUUUUGGCACACAUUAUGUCCAUUAUUCAUUGAAAGAAGAAGGCUAUCAAUUUAAGUAAGGAUUCUUCUUCAUUAUAUCCCCAGAAAAUAGAUAUCUUGUUAAAUAAUGGAAUAAUGAUUUACAAGAAUUUCUUACCUUUAAAGAUUGUGCACCAUAUAUUCAUACAAUAGAAAUGCAUGAUUUUGAUAUAUAUUUGGGAGUUUAUCCAAUGGAUAAAUAUGAUGUAUGGAAAUAAUGUGUCAAUUUAAUUAAUAAAAAGGUUCUAGAUAAAUUGGAUCCUAUUAAACAUGUCUGUGUUGAAGAAUAUAAUGAAAAAGACAUUGGAAGUAACACACCUUUACAUACAACCAUCUAUUAUACUGAUAUACCAAAAUUAAAGAAUCCCAAUAAAUCUCAAGGAUAAUAAUUGACAGCUUUAAACUUUGAUAAAUCAACAAUAGUCGAAGAAUUAUUAAAAUAAGAAUAUCAAAAUGAUUAUACUAUUCUUUUAGGAGAAAUUUAAUAUGCUUUUGUUAAGUUUUUAUUAGGAGAACAUUUUGAAUCAUUUGAAUAAUGGAAAUCACUCUUAAUUUUAAUAACAUCUUGUGAAAGAUUGAUUGAAGAAUAAACUAAUUUAUUUGUUGACUUCAUACCCUUAUUUUAUCAUUAAUUACAAUAAAUGCCUAAUGAUUUCUUUGUUGAUCCUAUAAGCUCAAGUAAUUUCAUCUCAUCCUGUAUUAAGAAUUUGAUUGAAUUAUCUUAACAUAAUAAUCCAAAUACAAUUAGAUUAAAAGUAAUAUUAUAUUUAUAUAUAUUAUUAGUUAAUACAGAGGUGCAACAAAUUGUAAGAGUUAAUCCAAGUCAAAUUUGUAUAAAAUGUUGUCUAAGUAGAUGAUGAAGAUGAACCUGUUGUGGUAGAAGAUUUCAAUUUUAUAUAACUUUGA